AUGACUUCAUCUUUAGGACAGAAUAGGAUUAUUCAUCUAGGACCAGAGAAUCCUUCAUUAUUGUGCUUACAGAAUGUUCACGUGUCUGAACAUAUUUGGGAUGGUCGGAAACAUCUCAUUUUGAAGGUUAGGAAGAGUCAGUUUAUUCCAACUGGUUUGGAUGGUGUUCCACAAGAGAUCCUUCCACAUUUGGAGAUUGCGAGAUUUACUAGGAUUGCUCGCGUAUAUCAAUUCCCAUUAGACCUCCCGUUGAUCAUUGCAUUAGUAGAGAGAUGGAGCCUAGAGACACACACUUUUCACUUGCCUCAAGGCGAGUGUACGAUCACUUUGCAAGAUAUAUUCGUGUUGUUAGGGUUACAGAUUGAUGGAAGACCUAUGAUAGCACCUAUUGGAGGUAAUUAUGCUGAUAUUGUUGAGGAGAGUCUCGGGAUUAGACCAUCACGUGAUGCUUUUGUUGGUAGCUUCUUAAAGAUGAGUUGGUUAGACCAACAUUUUACCCAUGUUGCGAUGCAUGCACAGAAUCCUUUACAGAUCACCCGGUUUGUUAGGGCUUACAUGUUGCGGUUAAUUAGGGGUUUUAUAUUAAACGAUCACUCCAGUAGUAGAGUGUCAAUGAGGUACUUACCUCUACUAGAGGACUUUGAUAUUACUGGUGAAUAUAGUUGGGGUCUGCAGUAUUGGGAGUAUUGUAUAGAGAGUUGUGUAUGGCCACCAACAUUGAUCGGCAUGGUUUAG